CCGCGUGUGUGUGCGCUCGUGCAUUCGCUUAGAUUCUAAGCCGAGAACGAGAAGUUUUAGUCUCACGAAGAGAAGGAGAGAGAGCGAAAAAUGGGAGCUUGUGCUUCGAGGCCGAAGGACUGUGUUGGUUUAUCGUCGAAGAAGAACAACAACAACAAUGGGAAGCAUAGAAUGAGGAGGAGGAGAGUGAUCAAAAAGCGUGUUUCUUCUCGUAAUAUUGAAAAGAAUGAUUUUGCUGGACAGACAGAUCGUUCUCAUACUAAUCUUGCUUUCCAAGGAAGCACUGAUGCUCCCUGGUCUGAUGCUAUUUCAGUGCUUGAAUCUGAAUGGGACGAUGAGUUUUACAGUGUUCAUGAUGAUGGGUUCUCUGUAAUUGGGUCGGAGAGUGUAUUGAGUUUUUCAUCGCCUAGAGAUUUUAAUCCAAAGGACCAUUUCGAGAGCACUACUCUAGGGCUUGAUAAUGAGGGACAUGCAGAGAAUGUUCAAUCAAAAGACAAGGACUCUCGAUCCAAACCCAAUGAGGAGGUAAAGGGUAUUACAGUUCCUGGGUAUGGAGUUUCGAAUGGCAGUACUAGUGUUGGAGGGGAAGUAAUGCAGGAGGCAAGUCAUUGUGGGCUUCUUCCAAAUACUUGCUUACCUUGUCUUGCUUCAACAGUCCCUUCGCUUGAAAAGAAAAAAUCUCUAAGUCCUGGCACAUCAGCCUCUAGGAGAAAACCUUCUCUGAAACUUUCCUUUAAAUGGAGAGAUGGACAUGCUAUUCCAACGCUGUUUUCACCCAAGGCACUUCUGCAAAGACCAAUUGCCGGUUCCUCAAUUCCUUACUGCCCUAUAGACAAGAGGAUGCCUAAUUGUUGGUCACCUAUUGAGCCAAGUACUUUCAAAGUCAGAGGACAGAACUAUUUCAGGGACAAGAAGAAGGAUCGUGCUCCAAACUGUGCUGCAUUUUAUCCGUUUGGUGCUGACAUCUUCCUCUCUCAAAGGAAAAUUCAUCAUAUUGCUCAAUUUGUGGAACUUCCUGCUACUAGUGCAUCUGAUGAAGCACCAUCUAUUCUAGUUGUAAAUGUUCAGAUACCUUUGUAUCCUGCCACAAUUUUUCAAAGCGAAAAUGAUGGUGAAGGAAUGAACUUGGUUAUGUAUUUUAAGGUGUCUGAAAAUUACUCAAAAGACCUUCCCUCUCAUUUCCGAGACAAUAUCAGUAGGUUAAUUAAUGAUGAAGUGGAGAGAGUAAAAGGUUUCCCAGUUGAUACAAUUGCACCAUUUAGGGAAAGACUAAAAAUCUUGGGCCGAUUGGCAAAUGCAGAGGAUCUUCAAUUAAAUGCUGCUGAAAAGAAGCUUAUGAAUGCUUACAAUGAAAAGCCAGUUCUAUCACGUCCUCAACAUGAAUUCUAUUUGGGAGAAAACUACUUUGAGAUUGAUUUGGAUAUGCACAGAUUUAGCUACAUUUCUAGAAAAGGUUUUGAAGCAUUCCAUGACAGAUUGAAGUUUUGCAUCUUGGAUUUUGGCCUGACAAUUCAGGGAUACAAGGCAGAGGACUUGCCCGAGCAUUUGUUAUGUUGCAUACGUCUGAAUGAAAUUGACUACACUAAAUACCAGAAAUUAGGGUGUUGAUAAGGCCUUUGUAACCCCAACCCCAACCCCACCAAGUGCUUCUAUACAGUAAGGUUUUUUUUAUCAACAAAACCUAUGAGACCCAAAUUCUUUUGUUUUCUCCUAUUUUAUAGCCUACCUUCUGGAGUUCUUGCCAGUUGAAGGCAAAAUCCUGUGGCCUCAAAAUUUUUAUUUGACCGUCUCCAUUGUUUGUAUAUAGAUUCUAACUUGAGUGUGUAUGUAUGUGUUCAAAAGAAAAGGAAGUAAAAGAAAAGAAAUGUUUGCUAUUAUUCCAA